AUGGCAGCCAACGAAUUUCACCAAUACCCAGAAGCAGAUUUUGGCCAGUACGAUGCAGAGGAUUCGUUUGAAGCAGAAGAAACGCUCUCCCUCUCAGAUCUCCCUCUACACAGUCACGAAGCUGCUCAUUUGGAUGACUUCAACAGCACAGAGAGUCAAACCUCCUCCUCUUCUUCUUCUUCUGAUGAGGAUGAUGGUGAAGAGGACUUGUUUGAGUUCAUGAAUCAAAACGUCGCCCUUCCGGCUCAACCUGCAAGCAACAUCAUCUUCUGUGGAAAGCUCAUUUCUUGCGAGGAACCAUCAUCACGAGUCUAUGAAAUUCCAACAGAAGGGCAGGCUUCAAAGCACAACAAACCAAGCUCCCCCUCCUCAAGAUCAAGAACCAUCUCAGAGGGUCUAAAGGAUCGACAAAGCAUGACUCACACAGUCCAUUCCCCAAGCCCACAAAGGGCGAGAGGUUCAAAAGUCCCGCCAUUUGAGAAAUAUGGUUAUGCAAAUAGGAAAUUGUCAUCUGGUUACAAAGCAACGGUAGUGGCCUACCCAUCUCCUAAGUCCAAAAGCUACUUCAUAAUGUACGGGUUGUCGAAAUUUCCUAUGGAGAUGGAGCUGAGAGACACCAGGAAGAAACACAAGACAAGUCCUUCCAGGUUGCAUCGGCCCUCUAACGGGAGGGACAUUGUUGAGGUCAGUGAUGCGAAUAAAGAUGAGAAGGGGCUUUGGGGGGUGAUGAGGGCAAUAAGUUGCAAAAGUUACCAUCCAAAUUCCAUGGUGAAAACCUCGAUCGUCUCAGCACCGCGCUCAUGA